AUGGAUGUACAAGAGUACUUUUACUACGCGGAGGCUGGACCAUCUUACAUCCGUCCUUCAGCAACUGCUUCUUCGCCACCUCGCCAGUACCAGCAGCAAUCUCUGUCCAUGGAUGACUGGGACUAUCACGGCUCCAACCCCAAUGUGUCGCCCUCAGGUUCCUCAAUCGACACGCCCGUGAGCGACGCGCCGGCGGCCUUUUCGUACCCGUAUAUUGCGGGUGAACAGAUCGUCGCGCCAGACUUUCCAGCUGCAACAUAUGCAGAGCAACAACAAUCGUGGCAUAUUUCACCGCCGCCGGUGAUGCAGAGCAAAAACUCGCUCAGCGAUGCUCUUGGGUCGUUCAGUUAUGAACGCGCGCCACAGCCAUCGCACAUCACGUCCCUGAAUGCCGGCUAUUACGCCGGUCAACAAGACUGCCAUCAUGCUACAUAUCCCACGCAGCCGCAACAGGAGCAGAUGGUAGCCGUUUCCCAUACCUUGCGCAACAACACGGCGAGCGCCUUUGCGAGCGUCCCAUCACACCAUCCACACGCUCAGAUGUAUUCGAUCCAUCACGGAUAUGGCGUACAACAACAGAAGUCUCAUCAUUCGCCGCCUGUCCAACAACAACAACGACAACAACAGCCGGCGUACUUGCCGGCAAGCUCUUCCCAGUCCCACUCCUACCCGAGCGCGCACACACAACAGCCUUAUCCGGCUUCAAUGUACUCGCACGUACCACUCGCCCCUCCUCAAGGACACGCUGCGCAGGAGUACCGGGCGACGCAACAGCCCGCUGCCGUGCAGGCACCCCUGUACCACCCUAAGCCACAGCACCCGCUUCCCGAGUGGACGAAGCAACCGGAGUUGGUUUCAGGUCCGGGUGUGACGCCCGCGCAUGUCGCGUCCGCACCAGCUCCUGCGCGUGUAGACGUUGGCGGCACGCAUCAGCAAUAUCAUCAUUCUGCGUAUCCUGUGCAGGCUCCGUUCCAAUUCGGACACGUCGUGUCCGUGGGCCAAGAGCAAGCUGAAGAGGAGGAGGAGGAGAUGUAUGAUGACGAGGAUGAAGAAUACGAUGAUGAGUACGAGAGGGAUGCACCGGAGGUCAGACAGGAGCGUCCUGUGCUGGAUUCCUCAUCGCUGCUCUUCCAGCCCAUCUCCGCUGCAGUGCAGUCUCGCUUUGCCCCGAAAUCUUCUGUGACUUCGUCCGCACCGGCAGCACCCACGGCAGCGCCUAAUGUCCCAGCUCCGACUUCGCAGCCCCAACAGCAAUACCCGAUGCUUCCGCUGGGCAUAUCUGCGCCGGCUUACUGGGCGUGA